GGAGAAAUGGCUCGCUGGGAUUGGCUGGUCCCGGGUCGCGUGUGCAGGGCAGGGGGCGGGGCCUCUCGCUGAGUCGUCACCGACGCCUUGGUCGGUCACUGUGGCGCCCCAUUGGGAAGGGAGGAGUUCCGCGCGCGCCAGGCCACGCCCCCUCUCGCCUUCGCUCGUUCGCUCGUUGCCCCCGGCGCGAGGUCCAAGAUGGAGAGAGGGAGCUGAGGGCGCAGCAAUGCCGAGUGAAAAUACCUCUCUUCACCUGAGAAAGAAAUGUGUGCCUUCUCUGCCAUGCUCUAACAUAGUUAUUCAUGAAGAUGAAAAGGCCAAGUGGGUUUUCAAAAGGCAUGUCGUGGUAAUGGUAAUUGGUCUUUGCUUCAUUUACAUGAUCAAGUUAAGGUUUGAUUCAGAGGACUGUGACAUGACAAGGAUUCAUUAUGUGAACACAGCACAUGUGAAGAGAACACAGAAGUAUGCCACGCAAGUUUUACAAGCCCAAUGUCGGCCAUCAUUUGUGAAGAAAGAGAUGAGCAGGUUAUUUGGAGAGAAGUACAGUAUCAAUGCAUCUCCUUUUAUAAGAAAAGAUAUAAAUGCGCACGAAGAUAUCUUCAAAUAUGAGCCACCUUUUGGAUUUCACAAGUUUUCAGAAAAACUGAAAGACCUUUUGGAACUUUUGCCUGAGUACGAUUUACCAGAAGGCUUGCAGUCAAAGCGCUGUAAGCAUUGUGUCGUUGUUGGGAAUGGUGGAGUACUUCAUGGACUGGAACUGGGAUAUGUCUUGAAUAAGUUUGAUAUUGUUAUAAGAUUAAAUAGUGCACCAGUUCAGGGAUAUACAGAUGAUGUUGGUUCUAAAACCACUAUAAGAAUGACCUAUCCAGAAGGUGCUCCUUUAUCUCAACAUGAAUAUUAUCCAGAUGGGUUGUUUGUUGCAGUUCUAUUUAAAAGUGUUGAUUUUGGCUGGAUUCAAGCAGUGGUUAAAAAUGAAACGUUGCCACUGUGGAUGCGACUAUUCUUUUGGAAACAGGUGGCUGAGAAAAUACCUGUGACACCUAAACAGCUUCGCAUCUUGAAUCCAACAAUCAUUAAAGAGACUGCGUUGGAUAUUCUGGAAUACCCAGAACCUCGGCCAAAGUUUUGGGGAUGGGAUCAGAAUGUGCCCACUAUUGGAGUGACGGCAGUUGUCUUGGCGACACAUUUAUGUGAUGAAGUGAGUUUAGCUGGAUUUGGAUACGAUCUUAGUCAACCCAAUACACGGUUGCAUUAUUAUGAUAAUCUUUGCAUGGCUGCGAUGAAUGAACAGACUAUGCACAAUGUGACUACAGAAACAAAAUUUCUUCAGAAGCUGAUCAAAGAGGGAGUUGUGAGAGAUCUCAGUGGAGGAAUACUUUGCACCUACUGCAACAAGUCAAACUAAUGGUUGAAAAUGAGUCUAAACAUUGGAUUUUGCAUGUUCCUCCUUUCUGGAGGAGACCUCAGUGUUUCCAUCAUGCAGGCUACCCUAAAGAACCCUUUAUCUCCAUGUUUAUUAGUAAUAACAAUAAUAAUACUUUAUUUAUAACCUGCCCUCUCUCCCCGAAGGGACUCAGCCCAUUGAGCCUCUUGAGUUGCCAGUAUUUGUGUACCAAAGUGGCACAUAUUUGCUUUUUACAAGAAGUGUGUGUGUUAAGGAAAUUUCAUGAAUGUAUAUUUGAUUUUUGGAGAAAUGUUCAUAAGUUAUCUUUAAUUCUAAAGAACACUAUGCUUAGUACAUGCUACCUAAACAAUGAAAGAAAAUAUCAUGUGGUUCUUCAUACUACUGUAAAUGUUUCUGGCUUGAAAAUAUUCAGAAUGUGUUGCUUAUGUGACUCAUUUUUGGGUAAAGAGGUUGCAUGCCUAGCCUUCUGCAAAACCUUACCUCUCACCUGUUUCAUGUUCAUUGUGCAUGAACCUUUUCAGUAGCAAAAGCAAAGGAUUGCAGAGCAGCUUUCCCCUGAUAUGGCCAGGAAAUGCAACAUCCACUUCCGGUUCUGAGGUUGUUGCCUUUAAUAAUUGCUAGGUUUCACCUGACUCCACUGGAACAAAUAGAUUAAGGUGUAUGAUUGUGAGGUGUUACAAUAUAGCAUGUUGCGUUUGCAAAGAAUGAAAAUAAUUUGCUUUACAUUGAGGAAACAAUGUCGGCAUGGUUUCUAAAUAACAUACAGUAAAGCACCCCUGCAUUUGUUCAUUUAACAACACAUAUUUCAAAAUAUUUCUCUCCAAAAUGGAUGCAUUCUGAUCUGCAAAGAGUAUAACAAGGACAAAGCAAGUGCAAGAGAUUCAUUCUUGCUUUUUAAAAAUUCUGCAGAGCAUCUAAUGUAAGUCUCUCUCCCCCCCCCCCCCACAUUCCUCUCAUUAUUUACAUACAUUUCCUGUAUCAUAUAUACUUAUAUUUAAGUCGAGGACAGGUUUUGGGGCUGAAAUGAUGGAUUUUGAUAUAACCCAAGUAUAAGUUGAGAGUCAUUCUAUGGACAGUAGGGCUAGCCUUCUCCAUCACCUCUGUUUUCCUACCCAGCUAUUUUAAAAGGCCAGAAACUGCUCAACAGUGGAGAAUGAGGGGGAUAGUCUACUCAGAAAAAGAAUAAAAGGCAGUCCCUGGGUUAUGAACAAGAUAGGUUCUGAAGGUUUGUUCUGAAGGUGAAUUUGUGUUUAAGUCAGAACAAUAAUAUGUAAGUUGGAUGUUUGUAACUCAGUACUUCCUGUAGUUCCUUUGUUAUGAAUUAAGGUAUAGAACUCACAGUGAUGCAUGGAUAAGUUGACCCAGGUUUUUUGGGUUGAUUUUUGACUAAAAUUUCUAGACUUAACCUGAAUAUACAGGGUAGGUAUAGUCAAGAGAACUAUAGAAGUUUCUGAUUAGAUAAUCAAAAUAAUUGUGGAAGAUAGAGUUGCUUCUUAGUGCUGCAGGCUUCAUAAUGGAAAGAAAUAUUGCAGCAUAGGAUUUGCACACCUGGAAUGCUGCUGUUCAAGAAUCCAGUCACUCAGUUUUAUCAUUCCCCAGGAUACUGUAUCGUCAGGGUGAUAUUCUAGCCGCUGGAAUGACAGAGACCUAUAUUAAAUUACCCUGAAAGUAUAUGUGAGAACCAAAAAACCAUUUUAGAUUAGUCUCUCCCAUCAUUCUGUGUUGCAAGCUGCAAACAUGUUCAAACAGAAAGGGCUUUUAAAAUUAGUUAUAUGAUCCUGGUUGAAGAGAGUAAAAAAUUCAAGGUGACAAAUACAAACUCCUUGCAAGAGCCUAAGUGACUGUUUUGGCCAUUGUGCUCUAGAGCCAUUUUUAUGUUUGUUAGUUCUUAGGAACUGAAACUAUGAAAAUGGGAGAUGACUUCAAUCAGGGAAUAUUGUAUCUGUUUUGUUAUGUUGAGUUGGCUUUUGAUAGCUGUGUUUUCAUGGAUAACAGAUAAAUCAGUGUUUUUAAAAUGUGAGAAAAUCAAAUUUUCCUCCCACUUCCUUAAUAUAUACUCUAAGGAGGUGAUAAAGACGUCUGUGUUCUCAGAAUAAUAGAAAAUAAUUAAUGUUAGAUUAUUUUCUUUAAUAAGCAAUUUUUGGUAAAGUUCCUACAUACUCAAGAUAUUCCCAAAGUACACAGGAGCAUGUAAACUGGAAAGAAAAUACUCAAAAUGUUUUGCAAGGACCUCCAGCUUUUCAAGAAUUGAGUAUAUUGGUGCAAGAAAAUACUUAGGCAAGGAAUUUGUCCUGUUGUCUGCAGAAGGGAUGUCCAGGUGAAAUAUGAAAAACAGCCUGUCAUUAGACAUUAGAAGCAGCAUGUCAUCCUUAAUCAUUUUAUGUCAUUAAAAUCCUGGCCUCAUUUUCUCUCAGAAAUUGAGCAAAUGGUGAAGAUCUAUUGAACUUAGGAAGGGAGUUACGCUUAUAAUGUUAUGGUGAGCGUUGAUAAAAAGAGGGGGGGGGGGAUAAGGCUCAUACCUUGGUGAUCUCCUGUGCCAUUGCAUUCCCAGAGAAGGUCUUUUUAAAAAACAAACAAACUAGAAUUCAUUUCCAGUUAUCUCCUGUGUUGAAAAGGGGACUCUCAUGAGUAUAAGAUGGCUAAGCACGACCUGAAACAUAGCAAAAAUGCCUGUCCACAGCCCCUAGGGUGUGUUGAGGCACUAAGCAUAAUGUAGCCCUUUAGCUUCCCAUAGUUGUCUGCCUCAAAUACACACUAUUUUUGAAGUAUGCUAUAUCUUCUAACAUAAACUUCUGUUCCUAGGCAGCUAACAAAGUAAGAAGCAAUAAAAGUACAAUAAGAACAAAUAAUCAUAGCCAACAGUCACACUAACUAGUUUAUUAAAAUAUAAAAAAUAGCAAUAAUGAUCAAAUGAUCACAUUCAGCAUUAGAAACCAGCCCCCCAAGCAAUCCUUGAUAUAUUGUAGAUAAGUUCUGACCAUUUAUAACUAUAAAAACAUACAGGUAUGUAAUGUAGUGACUAAAUGCAAUUAACCUUUUCCUUAUUUCCUGUAAAUGUAUGUAUACUGCAGAUUGAUCAUCAGAUCUGAAAUGUCCACUUAAUUUGCCCUUUGGUUCUUUGGCUGAUGCUGCACUACUUAACUAUUGAAUGCAUUUAGGCAUUUGAAAGAAAUGUGAAAAAAAUAAUGACUUCAAUGGGUGAUCAAAACUCAACAUAAUAAAUUAACAAAUAAAAUGUCAUCAGCUGAUUCUUGAGCAAUCAGUUUGACUUGCCUGUGUUUGCUUCUUCUAUCUUGCAAAAUGUGACGAAGGUAACCAACACUUAUAAAAAUGUAUGCAAAUCCCUAGUUUUUUAUAAAUUGAGAGCUCUGUAUAAUCUAAGGGACAGAGCUCAGUAUAAAACCUACACAUCAAAUAGCGAUUACUCAUGGGAUUUGUAAAAUAAUGGUUUGCUGUAAACUCAAAUAACAAUGAUAGAAAUUGAUGAAUUUGAUUUUAUGAUUAAGUAUUUGCCAUGAAUUAUAUAUUAGUAUUUAUAUAUGUAUAUAUACCACUGAGGUAUUUUGAUAAACUCUGGUUUCCAGGACUGUGGAUGGUUUGCAGAAGAAACAUGUGAUGGUUUUCUUAUUUUGUCUCCAACAUUAUGGAAUGGAGCAGUGUUAUGGUAACUCAUAUCUGCUUAUGAGAUAAUGUACGACCUAAGUGCUAAACAAUACUAGCACUGCUUCAAACUAGUAAGAUGGCCUUAUGGAAAAUAGAAGAUGAUACCUUACAUUUUUGUUUGAAUUUCAUCAAUAUUGUUGAUUUUUUUUCUUAGUCACUUUGUUUUAUGAAAGGAAUACAUCUGGUCUGUUUACCCAUUCCCAUUACAUGUGGUAUUUCAUCUCUACUCAGUUUGUUGUCUUUCUCUUCAACAGUUGAUCUUCAUUCUUUCCUGUUCACUGCUUUUGCCCUUCUGUCACUCAUUGUUCUCUAUGUCUUACAUUUAAUACAUUUGGUCCACUUCUUGGCUGACAGCUCACUCUUGAUUCUAAUGCUACACAAGCUUAAGAGAGAGAAAGAAGCAAAUGUAUUGUUAUGUUGGGUCUGUCACAUCGCAUUGUAAAUACCUCACAAUGUAUGAGUUCAGAAUGUUGUGUUAUCUUUAAUAUAUGAGGUAGAAUGAAGAUUUCCUUGUUGAAUUUCAUCAUUUUCCAAAGGAAUUUGUAUGUCCCCUGGAGUCCAAAAACACUUGUACACUAAUAUAUGAACCACUCUUGGAGAAGAACAAUGCAAACUAAAUGUAAUCUCUCAUGGACUCUUGUAGGCAUUUAGUUUUGCAGACAAUCAAUUUGCACUGGAUUUAGGGAGCACCUUUGACUACUGUGAUCUGGGAAGGCUAAAAAAUGUAGGAAUUGAAAACUGUUAUUUCUGCUUCAUGACUUCAGGGCACAUUUAUUUUCCAUCAGUAAUCCUUGAAGAUUAAAGCUGCACAUUAUACAGAAUACAAUAUCUUCAGGAUGUGUACUGGAUUCUUGUAACCUUUUGGUACUGAGUGGGUGACUUUCCUGGUGACUUUCUAUAGUGGGUAUGUCACGUAUAUGUGGAAUUCUUCUCCUAUUUUGCCUGGAACAUAACAGUGAUGGAGCAGAUGACCGCGAAGGUCAUGAGUAGUGAAGUGGCAGCUUUAAUUCCUGACAGAAAAGGCAUUUGCUGCUAUUUUCCCUGGUGUUUUUGAGCCUGCAGGUCCUUUUCUUCUUCUACUGCUGCCCCUCCUCGUCUUAGUUUAGCAUAGUUCCAUUGACAAGAAGGAUCUUAGCAAACACCUCUUCCUUCUUUUCAGGACUGGUAUCAACAAUUCACAUCCUUGAUCUAAGGCUUGUUUCUAAUUUCUAACUCAGAUUCCUAUUUUAAAAAACAAAUGUACUGCCUGCAGUGCCUACCAGUGUUGUUUGGCUGGGCUUAGCUGCCAUAUUAGAUUACUUCCGUGUUUCCCAGAACCCCUGGUGGCGCAGUGGGUUAAACAGCUGAGCUGCUGAACUUGCUUACCGAAAGGUUGCAGGUUCAAAUCCGGGGAGCAGGGUGAGCUCCUGCUGUUAGCCCCAGCUUCUGUCAACCUAGCAGUUCGAAAACAUGCAAAUGUGAGUAGAUCCAUAGGUACCGCUCCGGUGGGAAGGUAAGGGCGCUCCAUGUAGUCAUGCCGACCACUUGACCUUGGAGAUGUCCAUGAACAAUACCGGCUCUUUGGUUUAGGAAUGGAGAUGAGCACAACCCCCAGAGUCGGACACAACUGGACUUAAUGUCAGAGGAAAACCUUUACCUUCCCAGAGACAGCAUAGCUCUGGUAUUGUGGGCAGUUAAUACGGCUUGUAGCUCUGUUGGUUAGUACUACCAGACAAACCUAAGUGGGCCAUCUGAUUGAGGAGAUGGCACUGCCUUUCUAGUGCCUCUUGGACCUGGAGCCAGUCCUACCUCUUCCUGAUGAAAGAGGAAUCGAGUACUUCCCGCUGGUUCCCCAUGUGCCAGUCUUAAGCUUCAAAGGCCUCUGUAAUGGCAGAACAUACUUCUUAACAUGUCCAAGAAUCUGAGUCUGAACAUUACAAAAGUCAUGAUAAAAAUGUUCAAUAUUUGAUCAGCAGAAUGUCAGCAUCUUUGCUUCUAUCCGGAAAUCUGGAAGAGUAAAAUAUAUGCUGCUUCUGAGAGUGCCAUUUCACUUUGUUGCUUAGAGUAUUGUUGGGAUUUUGUCGAUGAGCAUACUGAUUGGAUGGCAGAGUACCACAUCUACGCUGUCUUAGUGUUCACUGGGUGGUGUUUUCCUCAUGUUUCAUGCCUUCUCCCAGGAAUUAUUCCUGGUUUUUCAUCCUGCUUAGACUCCUGUUAUGAAACAGUACUUUUGAUUCUUGUGUUUUGCGACAGCAGGAUGGCUUCAAUCCUACUAGUCCAAAUUUAAUCUGUAUUCUGACUUAACAGUAAUGGUUUGACUGGAAAAUUAUUUGGGAGAAAGAAUGUGCUUUAAAACUCAAUUAAGAAAUACUGUGGAUCUUUGUUCCUGUUGCCUUUUUUCCUGUUAGGAUGGCCAUCUUGAAAUUAAUCAAUCCUCUUAUUUUAAUACUUUUUGCACUGCCUGCCAUAGCCAUGUGAUCCCCUUACCUUAAAUGUGUGCCAGCUGGGAAGAAAACAGCACUUAUAAUCCAAAUUUCUCUCAAUGUGCCGAACGCAAAUAUCCUGGUGGCUUAGGAAGCCCAAGGAUGAGUGAUGUAUAAGAUGACAAGAAGUCUUGAAAAGCUAUCCGGGAAGGAAGAUAAGGGUAUCAAUGAGAGGAAAAAAAUCUUGUUAACAGAGAAAGGAAGGAUAUGUUGAGUUGUGUUCCAAUUAGUUUAGCUGCACCUAAGGUAGUUUUCUUUAAAUUAUUGUGCAAAAAUUGGUGAUGGCAAACUUAAAGUCGAAUUGAUUUCACUAGAAUGAACCACUUUAUAUUAACCCUAACCUAAUUAUUGUAAAUUGUCUAGGAUGUAUUUAUUUGAUGAAAGGAAGGAUGCAAUAAAAUUUUUAAUCGCAAUCAAAUAAACAUUUUCAAAAACCAUA